GUAACGGAAGUACUUAGACGUUGUCAUGACUCAGUAGUAAAAAAGAAGUACGUUGGAGCGAUAGCUGCUGAUAUUUAUUCAACCACAGAGAAACAUCCUUAGGAGACACAAAAGAUUCCCUGAUGAUUUGUAUAUUGCUGGUGGCUGGUCACGGCACCAUUUUGGAGACUCAAAUAAAGAAGGAUGAUACAGGCUUGUACAACUACCUAACUGGGGUACCAAAAGCCCUGCUUCCUGGCAUUGGUGGGAAGAAAAUCCUAGACUUUUGGUGGGAAACCGUCAACAUGCGUCAGUUAUUCACAGAGGUGUAUCUUGUCACUAAUGCAGACAAAUAUAAGCAUUUUGAGCGCUGGGCUACAGCCAGUGAUUUCCCUGUAGAAAACAUAAUAAAUGACGGCAGCACCACCCUGGAGGACCGCCUUGGCGCUGUAGCUGACCUGGAGCUGGCCAUACGCAGUCGCAAGCUGCAGGAUGAUGUCAUGGUGAUAGCGGGAGACAUGUUGUGUGCAGACCACAACUUUGACAUUGGUCAAGUCAUCCGUUUCUUCCGAUCAAAGCCUGGAGAGUUGAUAAUCUUCUACGAGAUGGAAGAAAGUGAAAAAAUCAGCUCCAGGGGAAUUGUAGAGGUCUGCCCUGAUUCUAACAGAAUAACUCGCUUCCUGGAAAAACCAGAGGAAGGGCGGACAUCUUCCCGCUUUGCAAGUGUGGUGUUUUAUUGCAUCCAGAAAGACACACUGCCCUACCUGUCUGACUUCCUGAGUCUCCAGACGAAAGCCCCCGACAGGUCGUUUGGAAAAUUCUGGGAGAGGCUGAUCAACGAGAAUCUGCUUGAGGUGUUUGGAAUGAAGCUUCCAACUGGCUUUCAGCUCAUUGGACAAGUGGGUCUGUCAGACUACACCAAGUGGCUCACUUGUUUCGCAAUCAAGCAAGAAGACAAAUCUGCCAGACCUAUCACAUUUCGGUCUUACGCUAGGGUCGGCUUGAUGGGGAAUCCGUCAGAUGGCUUCAACGGGAAAACCAUUGCUAUGUCCAUCUCAAACUUUUGGGCUGAAGUCACCCUCAUAGAGAGCCAAACUUUGGUCCUACUCCCUCACCCGCUUAACGACCCUACAGAGUUUGGAAGCUUGCAGGAUUUGUUUAGCAUCAGUAGGAAAGAAGGAUAUCUUGGAGGCCUCCGGCUGCUGCAAGCUACUUGUAAGAAAUUCUACCAGCUCUGCUCCAAACAAGGUAUUGCUUUGACAAAGCAGAACUUCACGCUGAAGUAUGACACAAACAUCCCUCGACAAGUGGGUCUUGCUGGAAGCAGCGCCAUUGUCUCAGCUACCCUGAAAUGUCUCAUGAAAUUCUACAACCUCACAGAUGAUGAUGUCCCAAAGCCAAUACGGGCCAACUUCAUUCUCAAUGUGGAAACUGAUGAACUCUUCAUUGCCGCAGGACUGCAGGACAGGGUUGUGCAGGUUUAUGAAGGCUUAAUCUACAUGGACUUUAGCAAGAAGCUCAUGGAAGAGAAGGGUUAUGGCAACUACAUCCCAAUGGAUAUGUGUGGUCUGCCUCCAUUCUGGUUGGCCUACUUGAGUGACCCCAGUGACUCUGGGCGCAUUCAUAGCAACAUCCGUCAUCGCUGGCUCAGUGGGGAGCCUCUUGUAGUUGAAGCGAUGGAGACUUUAGCUCAACUAACUGAUCAAGCCAGGGUGGCUCUAACAGACAGGGACUGGAACCGUCUAGCACAGUUAAUGGACCAAAACUUUGAGUUAAGGAGGUCUGUGUACUCUGAUGAGUGCCUUGGUCCUGGUAACCUCAAAAUGGUUGAGCUGGCAAAGCAAUUUGGCUCAGCAGUGAAGUUGCCAGGCAGCGGCGGAGCAGUUUUGGGACUGUGUCUGGACUCGACUAAACUAGUGGAGAUGAGGCAAGCAUUUCAGGAGGCCGGCUGUGUCUUCUGUGUCAUCAGUCCUUACAACCCAACAACCAGCACGGUCAGCAGUCAGCUGUCAAAUCAUUCUGCUCCAAGACUCAAGUACGAGUAAUGUAAAAGAGUUUACUACAUCAGAACUAUUGUUUGUUUAAUCAUGAACUGGUUAAUAUUUGAAUACUGUUUUUUUAAUCAAGUCAUAAGAAAGUUACUGUUUUCUGAGGAGUAUUUUAUUAGCUAGUGGAAAAAUUACAAUGUUGAUGAGCAAAUGUGUCUUAAUCAGACGAGAAUGUAAACGUCAGUUAUUGUACAGCAGAAUUGACAUGAUUUCUACUGUAAUCCAUAUGAUCCUACAUACAAACUAUCUUUUGUACACAAAUUAAAAACAUUGGUAUUAA